AUGGCGACGGACGACACUGCACCGACGAGCGACCACCCGUACUUGACCGAGUACUUCGAGACCCAACUGGAAAUGGUCGAGAAGAACAUGAAGGACCUGUUGAACGUAUCACAGGAAAAUGUGUUUAACGUUAACGGAAUUUGUGAUGCAGUAAUGCAUCACAAAAGCAAAACGUGCCCCAAUUUGUCAUGCAUAGGAUGCAUACGAGGCGAAAUUUGCCAUGCAUAUUUGCAAUCUAUGAAGAAAACGACCGUUAGCGUUAACACUUUUUUGUUGAAUAGAACGACCAAGAAAAGACCUUCCGCAUCGCGCUGGACGCAGAGUUUCGGAAAAAAUACAUGGACGACCAACACGCGCGCGGAGAUGAACGCAAAGCUACAGCCGCUUGUGGAAAAGUCCUUCGUGCACCACGACCUGGACAAAUCCGGGGUGUUGUCCAAAGAGGAAUCCGCGCGGUUUUUCAGCCAUUUCGCGAAGGAAACGAAGCGGUUCGUGUAUGCAUUGGAAAAGUAUCGCGCUAGUGGUAAUCGCAUUACAAAUUUGCUUAGCAUUAGCAUUACAAAUUAAAAUGAAACUUGUAAAUGCUGUUUUACCUUAUUAGGGAGAUUUUUCAUGCAUAACAGCAAUUACUACGAGUGCGAUACUUCUUUUGCAGAGCAUAUCGUGAUGGAGACCACAAAGUUGACCAUGGUGCAAUCGAUGGACCAAGUUGGGCAGGCGUUGGCAAUGCAAUUCCCCAGCGAGUUGGAGGACGAGUUGCAAAUCUCGGCGAAGAUGAAGAAAGUGAUGGAGAGUUCGAUGGAUUUCAUGUAUGCACAGUUGGACGGGCUUUUGGAAGACCUGCAUCAAGAGUACCUGAAGAACAAAGAACAGAACGACGCAAAAGCGUUCGACGUGGUGGACACCGCGAAG